CUUAUAGCAAAGUCCGCAAAUAUUGGGAAAUAAAAAAUAUAGACGGACAACACUCGUGUUUCUCAACAAUACUAUCUGAAGAUCAUGCAAAUCUUGAUAGUAGUCACAUUGCCACGAUCAUAUCAAACUCAAUCCGGACAAAUCCAUCCAUUCCAAUCAAGAGUUUGAUUGCAGAUAUUAAGGGUCGAUUAGGAUAUUCUGUGUCAUACAGAAAAGCUUGGAUCGCUAAACAUAAGGCUCUUGCUAUGGAGUUUGGAGACUGGGAGGACUCGUAUAACCACAUGCCGAGGUGGUUGCAUGCCGUGAAGGACUCAAACCCAGGUACAAUUUUACAAUGCACUGGUUCUCCGGUUCAUAUUGAUGGACAAACCGACAAUAAUUGCUAUAUUAUGGAAAGAGUUUUUUGGUCUUUCGGUCCUUGCAUAGAAGGAUUCAAAUACUGUAAACCCAUUCUCCAAGUUGAUGGUACAUUUCUUACGGGUAAAUAUCAUGGAACUUUGCUCACCGCCAUAGGUCAAGAUGGCAAUAGAAAUCUUUUCCCAUUGGCCUUUGCCAUUGUAGAAGGUGAGACAAAGGAGGCCUUGAUAUGGUUCUUUCAACUACUUCGAGAACAUGUUUGCCAUCAACAAAAUAUUUGCAUCAUCACUGACAGAGGAAAGGGUAUACUAUCCGCAUUAAGAUCAGAAGAAGUUGGUUGGGAACAAGAUGGUUUGAACUCUGUCUAUUGCAUAUGUCAUCUGGCAUCCAACUUCAACAACAAAUUCAAAAAUCAC